AUGCUCGCCUCGGCGACGCUCUCCACCGCCCGCGCGUCGCCGUCGGCGGCGGCGGCGAGAAACGCGGGCGCGGCGGCGGCGCGGCGCGGCGCGGUCGCGGCGACGUGCCAUCAUCGCGACGACCGUCGCGAUGACGUCGUCGUCGUCGCCGCCGGGCGCCGUCUCUUCCUCGGCGCGUCGUCGUCGGCGCUCCUCCUCUCGCGCGCGACCCCCGCGGUCGCGCGCGACGGCGACGACGACGACGACGCGCCGAAAGACUACAGCGACUACAACUCCGGCGUCGCCGCCGCGGACGAGGCGCCGCAGUCGGAGCUCGUGAAGCGCCUCCUCGCGAAGAGCGCGGAGAACAAAGAGGCGAACGACAGGUAA